GCAAGUCUUUUUUGAAAAAAGUUUCUCCUUACCGAAGUGUGGAUUUAUUUUUAUUUGACAUUUGAAGGUCCUAGUUGCUUACCUUCUUCGCUGCUGAAAUGCUAUUAUUUUAUCUAUUGUUUACUUUGAAACUAUUAUUUUUAUUUUAUUGCUAGCAUUUCCUAGUAUCUAAUUCGUUUAGCUUUCUAGUAUGUAAGGUACCCUUUCUACUUCUAUUCAUAACGCACAUUGAUUUACAUUUUUGCCUCCUUUGGUCGCUUGGCGUUCAAAAAGGCACACUGGUUGUGAGACUAUUUCUUCGAGGUACUGAAAAAAUUCAGGGCUGCCUACAGAAGCGACAACCCCAUGCUACCAUCUCUGAAUUGGUAAAGAAACAACGUUUCCGAAAUUCCCCAAAGUCCUGGGCGAGCAGGCUUAUGGGAUCUGAAGUCCGGAAGUUUGUGAGCCCGCCGCACGUGGUCAUGGGAGCUGGUCUUCUGCGGCUCCUCCUGCGCAGGCGCAGUACCUCGCAGGCGCUUUUAGAUGCUCCAGCAUACCGUGGGAGACGGUCCGGAGUGUUCAGGAUUCUGGAGCUCUGCCUUCAGAGAUUUCUACAUUUUUCCAAGAGAGACCAGCAAAAUAUGAAGAAGUCCUAUGGAUCCUUAUCAUUUGAGGAUGUGACUGUGGGCUUCACCCAGGAGGAGUGGCAGCACCUGGACCCUGCUCAGAGGAUCCUGUACAGGGAUGUGAUGCUGGAGAACUACAGCCACCUUGUCUCAGUGGGGUGUUGCGUCCCUAAACCAGAAGUGAUCUUGAAGUUGGAGCAAGGAGAGCAGCCAUGGAUACUUGAGGAAGAGUCCCCAAGCCAGAGCUACCCAGAAGUCUGCAAAGUUGAUAACCAACUAGAAAAGAAUCAAGAAACCCAGGACAGACAUUUCUGCCAGCCUCCAUUUAUCAACAACAAAACACUGACUAUGCACAGAGGUAAUGUAUUAGGAAGCAUUUUUAAUUUCAGCACAGACACAGUUCCUUCCAUAAAAAUACCCUGUAGGUAUGACUCGUGUGGUAUGAAUUUGAAAUGUAUUUCAGAAUUAAUUAUUAAUAAGAAAAACUAUUUAAGUAAGAAGCCUAUUGAUCUCAAUACAUAUGGGAAAUUGCUCCUUCAUAUUAACCAUGAACAAACUCAAAUGGGAGAGAAACCUUGUGAAUUCAUUCAAAAUGGAAAAUACCUCAGUCAUAAUGAAGAUUUCAUCCCAUAUCAGAGAAUUAAAAAUACAGAACAAUCCUUUAUUCAAAGCGAUAAGGAAUAUGGGAAAGCUUUCCAUGAGAAGGCAGUUGUCAUCCCAUAUAACCAAGCUCACGUAGGACAGAGUCCUUGUGAACAUAAUGAAUUUGAUAAAACUUUCUGUAAUGAUUCAGCCCUCAUGGUCCAUAAGAUGGCACAAAGAACAGAAAAUCCUUAUGAGUUUCAUGAAUAUGCUAAAACUUUUGAGAAGUCAUCUCUCUUGGAACACAGAGUUCAUUUAGAGGUGAAAGGUUAUGAGUAUAUUGAAAGAGUGGAUAAUUUCAAUGGGAGAUCAGACUUUCCUGACACAGGAGAGAGAAUAUUUGAAUAUAACAACUUGGGAGAACCUUUCCGGGAGAAGUCAGUUCUUAAUGUAACUCAGAGAACAUACAUAGGAGACAAAGUCUGUGAAUGUAAUAAAUGUGGAAAAGCAUUCUGCAAAAAGUCAAAACUCACCAAACAUCAGAAAAUACAUACAAGAGAGAAACUCUAUGAAUGUAAGGAAUGUGGGAAGUGCUUCUCUCGGAAAUCUCUCCUCACUUUACAUCAGCGAAUCCACACAGGAGAAAAACCAUACGAAUGUAAGGAGUGUGGGAAAUGCUUCUCUAGAAGUUCACACCUCAUAAUUCAUCAGAGAACUCACACAGGAGAGAAACCCUAUGAAUGUAAGGAAUGUAGAAAAAGCUUCUACCAUAAGUCCUAUCUCACAGUACACCAGAGAAUUCACACAGGGGAGAAGCCCUAUGAAUGUAAUCAGUGUGGAAAAACCUUCAUAAGCAACUCAGUCCUCACAAUACAUCAGAAAACACACACAGGUGAGAAACCCUAUGAGUGUAAUCAAUGUGGAAAAUUCUUCUCUAGAAACUCCUACCUUACAGUACAUCUGAGAACUCACACAGGGGAGAAGCCCUAUGAAUGUGAGAUAUGCGGAAAAACCUUUUGUCACAAGUCAGAUGUCACUAAACAUGAGAAAACUCACAUAGGGGAAAAACCCUAUGGAUGUAAUCAGUGCGGGAAAACCUUUAGUCGCAACUCAGGUCUAAAAGUACAUCAGAGAACUCACACAAAGGAGAAACCAUAUGAAUGUAGUGAGUGUGGGAAAUCCUUCUCUGAGAAAUCAGUCCUCACAGUACAUCAGAGGAUCCACACAGGGGAAAAACCUUAUAAGUGUAAUGAAUGUGGAAAAACCUUCUACAAUAAAUCAGACCUCACUAAACACCACAGAACUCACACAGGUGAGAAACCUUAUGAAUGUAAGGAAUGUGGGAAAUUCUUCUCUAGGAAUUCAUACCUUACAGUACACCAGCGAACUCAUACAGGAGAGAAACCCUGUGUGUGUAAAAAAUGUGGGAAGACCUUUUGCCAUAAGUCAGAUUAUACAAUACAUAAACGAACACACAGAGGGGAAAAAUCCUAUCACUGUAAUCAGUGUGGGAAAACCUUCACUUGCAGUUCAGUCCUCAGAUCACAUCAGAGAACUCACACAGGUGAGAAGCCCUAUGAAUGUAAUGAGUGUGGGAAGUCAUUUUCUGAGAAAUCCAUUCUCACUGUACAUCAGAGAAUACACACAGGGGAGAAACCUUACAAGUGUAACGAAUGUGGAAAGUCUUUCUAUCAUAAGUCAGAUCUCACUAAGCAUCAGAGAACACACACAGGAGAGAAACCCUAUAAAUGUAAUCAUUGUGGGAAAACCUUCAGUUGUAACUCAGGCCUCAAAGUACAUCAGAGAAGACACAUAAGAGAGAAGCCCUAUGAAUGUAUUGAGAGUGAGAAAACCUCCAAGAAAUCAGUUAUCACAGUACAUCCAAGGUUACACACAGGGGAAGAAAAUUUGUAAAUAUAGCAGUGAGAGAAACCUUUCUCUUGUGAUUCAUACCUCAAAAUACCACAGAAAAUUCACAAAAGACAUGACUCCUAUGAAUGUGCAGAAUGGCAAAUCUUUUACCAUAAGUCAUCUUCCAAAGUAAACGAGAAUACUCAUAGUGGAAAAUACUCUGAAUUUGGUGAAUGUUUAAAAAUCUGUUGUAAGUAAGACAACUAAAAGUGACUGUAGAAGAAACCCUGUUAAUGCAUGUAGGAAAUAUGGGGAAUUAUUUUUAUUAUGAAGUAGAGCUUAUUAAAGAACUUACAUAGGAGAUAAUCCUGUCAAUCAAACAGAUGAGUGAAAAUGUUCUUCCAGAAUUUGGCCAUAAAUAACAAUCAGACCACACUUGGGAAAAAAUGUCAACAUCUUGUAUUUUUUUGAGACCUUCUUACACAAGUUGUACUCAAUGUAUGUCAGGGAAAUAAUAGGGAAGAUACCCAAAGAAUGCAGCAAAUGUGGUUGAGCCUUUAUCAAGAAAUGCCAUUUUGUUCAGCAAGACAAUUGAUAUUGGAGGAAGUCAUAAAGAUGUUUUGAAUGUGCAGACUUUAACAAAAUUCAGACUUUAUUAUAUGUGAAGAUUUUAUUGAAGGAAGUAUGUCUUUAGGAAAUAUGGACAGAAAUUGUCCUUUAGAUACAUUAUUCUUAGUUAUGUUUUUCUCUAAUCUCAAAUUUUUUAAUAGAAGUAAAGCUGAAGAUAGACAUUUUUAAAAACAUUAACUGGAAUGCGAAGCUUUUUGAAAAGAACAAAUAAACUGAAUAAUCUUCUCAGACUCUGAUUUCACUUUGGGAGAAACACAUGUCACCCCGUGGCCCUCCCUAGCAUGAGCCAUCAUGGGUUUUUGAUUAGUCUGUCCCCAAACUAUGCUGUUACCUCUGCGAAGAAUGCUUGAUGGUCUGGUUCAUCCUGGGGUCUACUCGAGGGGUUCUCCCCGUGGACUAGACUCAUACCAGAAUGUACACUGCCAGCAGCCAGGGACAGUCUGGAGGACGUAUCUGCUUCCUCUUCUUAGGUUCAGGAACCAGAAGAAACAUUGAGUGUGUUAAUGAAAGUAGACUACUGUAGGGCAUAUGACCUUCGUGUCCCAGCUGAAAUUUCCAGGAAGCUCAUCAUAGCUCAACUUUCUUGAAUUCAGGCCUAUUGACCCAGUGAUAGCCCACCUUUCCAGGGGGUGUGUCCAGUUAUGAGGAAUAUCAUAACCAUUGCUGUGUCUGCUGCAGGUUGGAAGUAAUGUACGAGAAUAGUUGAAGUAUCUGCAUACCAUCCUCAAAUCCAUUCCAUAUCCUAUAACUUCUAUCACCUUCAGCACUUUUCUAAAUUUCGUUAAUAUUGAUCUCACAUCUCAUUACUUUUACAGUAAUAUUUUACAUGUAUUUCUCUGUGUGUGUGUCUAACAUUGUUUUGCUUGUAUAUCAGUGGGAACACAUGUUUUGCAACUUGCUUUUGUCUUCAGGUGCAUGGUUUUGAUAUUUAUACAUAUUGACAUAUUUAGCUUUAGUUGAUGCAUUUUAAUAAAGCAUGAUAUAUGACUAUAACAAUAUUGUCUAUUUUCCUGUUUAUGAUUUUCAAAAUUUAAGAGCUUUGUUAUUAAAAUAAUAAUGUUCCCAAAUUUUUAAAAAUCAACUCUGGGCAAUAAUUUAAAUAUGGUUAAAUAUACCAACUCAAGUUUUAAUAAGAGUAUACUCAUACAUAUGACUGCUACAGUUUAGAGAGACAACACCCAUUACCCAGAAGGGUUUCUCAUUCCCCUUUCCCAGUCACUUCUGGGACUCGCCCCCCACCACGGCCCCUGGCAACCAAUGAUCUGCUUUCAGUAACUUGGUUAGACUGAUUUUUUAAAAUAUCAUUUCACAUAAAUGGAGAUAUCCAAGAUGUCCUCUUCCUUGUCUUUUAUUCAGCAUGAUUUUGAGAUGCAUCCAUGUUUUAGCAUCUGUCAGUAACUCCUUUGUUUUUUAUUAAGUCAUAUUUUAUUGUAUGCUUAAUUACAGUGUAUCCAUUCUCUUUCCAGUUUUUGGUUGUUAUGAACAUAGCUGCAGUGAACUUCAUGUGCAUUUUAAUGUAGGCAUGUUUUUAUUUCUCUCUGGUAAAUACUUAGGAGCAAAGUUUUUCAGUUUGUAGGAUUAGUAUAUGUAAUGUCAGACUUCUCUGAAGUGGUUAUUCCAUUUACAUUUCUGUCACCAGUGUGUGAGAGCUGUAGUUAUUUCACAUUUUUGUCAAUACUUGGUAUUGUUACUUUUUAAUACAGCCAUUUUAAUGUGCAUAGUGGCAUUUCCCUGUGCUUUUCAUUUGCAUUUCCUUGAUAAAUAAUGAUGUUACGCAUCUUUCACUUACUUACUGGCCAUUUGUGUAUCUUAUUUUGUGAAGCAUCUGUUUAAAUCGUUUGCCCACUUUGUAGGUUGUCUUAUUUUUGAGUUAUAAAGAUUUUUUAUUGAUUGGAUAUUUUCCCCAAUCUGUACCCCGUUUGUGGAUUUGUGGAAGUUUUUCAUUUUGAUAAAGUCCAGCUUACCAGUUUUAAUCUUUUUUAAGAAAUCUUUGCAGGGGCGCCUGGGUGGCUCAAUUGGUUAAGCGACUGCCUUCGGCUCAGGUCAUGAUCCUGGAGUCCCUGGAUCGAGUCCCGCAUCGGGCUCCCUGCUCGGCAGGGAGUCUGCUUUGUCCUCUGACCCUAUCCCCUCUCAUGUGUUCUCUCUCUCUCAUUCUCUCUCUCUCAAAUAAAUAAAUAAAAUCUUUAAAAAAAAAAAAGAAAAAAGAAAUCUUUGCAGACCCAAUAGUAUCAGAGAUUUUUCCUCUUGUUUUCUAAAUGCUUUAGCUCCGUGUUAGGUAUAUGAUCUAUUUGGAAUACAUUUUUGUGUAUAGUGUUUUAAGGGUCAAAAUUUAUAUUAUUCCAUUUGAACAUUCCGUUUUUUCAGCACCAUUUGUUGAAAAGACUGUCUUUUCUCCAUUGAAUUACCUUGGUACCUUUUAAGACAUCCAAUUGAUUAUUUGUCUUUGUGUGUGUCGGGGGGUGGUUUCUACCUUUGGGUCCUUUUUCCUGUCCCAUUGAUCUGUUUAGCUUCUCUACAUUGUCUUUAUUCCCAUAUCUUUGUUAAUAAGUCUUUAAAUGAAAUUGUAUCAAUUCUUCAACUUUGUUCUCUUGUCCAGAACUGUUUAGGCCCUUGCAGGUCUUUUGCAUUUCCACAUACAUUUUAGAAUGAACUUGUCGGUUUCUAAAAAAAAAACAAAAAAACAAACAAAGGCUGCUUUCAUAUUGCUUUUAGGAUUUUAUUGAUUCUGUAUGUCUGGGAAAAGUUGACAUCUUAAUACUGACUUUUCUGAUCCAUGAAUGUGCUCUAUCUCACCAUUUAAUUAGGUCUUUAAUUUCUCUCAGCAGCGUUUUGUAUUGCCUGAGUACAGACAUUGUUUUGUUAGAUUUAUCCCUAAGUCUGUCUUGAUUUGGAUGUCAUUAUAAGUAGUAUUGUUUAUGUAAUUUCACUUUCAGUAGUUCUUUGUUAAUCUAUAGCAAUACAGUUGAUCCUUGUGUAUUGACCUUGUUUCCUGUAACCUUGAUAAACAUCAUUUUGGUAGCUUUUUUGAGUCCAUAAAAUUUUCUAAUUGUAUAUGAUUAUGCCUCCUGCACUUGGUUCUUUCUUUUCAAUCUUUAUGCUGUUUACAUUUUUUUUCUUUUUUCUUUUUUUCUUUUUCUUUUUUUGCCUUUACUGCAUUCUCACUACAA